AUGGGUGAUGAUGGGGCUGAAGGCGUAGCCCAGAAUCAGCCUGUCGAUGAGUAUGAUGAGUUUUUUGGCGACGGGUCUGACAUGAUGGACAUCGACCUACCUGAAGACAGUGCUAUAUCUGCUCGCGAGGCUGCUGCAAUAGCAAAGAUGAAUGCAGAGCUUGCGCAACUUGAAAUAGGGCGGUGUUCCGGUUGUCGAGAAGAGGGCUUUGAUGUGCAGCUGAAAACAGCUAUGCUAUGCAAGAGAUGCGAUGCUGACCACGGAGAGGUCAAAAAAUGGUCCACAGACAACAACACUAAUCCAGGUCCAAUCCCACCUGAAUUACAAAAUCUCACCGAUCUUGAGGAAAUGCUUAUCGCGCGUGUCAAGACAGUGAUGCAGGUCCGUUACACAAAAGGCCGCCAACUCUGCUACAAGGACCACAUUGUCAAUCUCCCGCAGAACAUCACCGAAAUUGCAACCAAACUACCACGCUUACCUGAAGACGUCGAUAUUGUCAUCAUUCGUCGUGACGGGGUCGAUCUCUCCCAGCAUGUUGACUAUGUGGUCCGGCGGGAAAAAGUUCGCAAGGCUCUUGAGUAUAAGAUAACACAUGACAAGGCAUAUCAAGAUCUUGAGCUUGACGAAGGCGCUUUGAGUCAACUGCCCAUGAAUGGCAGCGUUGUUGAUCGUAUUCCAACAUGUCGUGAAGGGCGUCAGGCAGACGGUGCUCCAGGUCCUGCUGGACCCAAUCAGGCUGCCGGGACAGAUGGCGGCGAGGAAGAAGGGACAUUCAAUGGUGGUAUUCCGAAUCUUGACAAUGUUGCAUGCCGAGAGGUUGAGGAGAUUCGUCGGCGCUGCCGGACCUGUUGCUGGACCAACCUACGAGCAGACAAUUGUGUGUUAACAACUUGA